ACUUUAAUAUCCGCAACGCUUAAUGAUAGGCCAAUUUUGCAACUGCACUGGAGAAGAAAAAACGAAGAAAGUAGAAGUUGUUGAGAUGGCAAACGCAGAUCAAAACAUUAAUUCCGAUGAUGAUUCGGCAGUAAAAGGUUUGAGAAACUUUCUUUUAGAGUAUUUUUAUUUAUUUUACCUUAACUUUUUGUCUUUUAAUAUUUUUUUAUCAACUUUUCUUUGUUUUAUAUUUUGCCUUUAUAAAAGAUAAGGCGAAAGUUUCAUUUUUAAUUAUAUACAUAUAUAUAUAUAUAUAUAUAUAUAUAUAUAUAUAUAUAUAUACUGAAUAUACUGUAUUUAUAUUAGUACAAAUAUUAUAUAUACAGUAUAUAUAUAUAUAUAUAUAUAUAUAUAUAUAUAUAUUUGUAUUUAAGAAUUCAUUCUUUCCUUUAUGCCCUUUUUUUCUUUAUUGCAAAAACAAAAAGAGACGGAAAACUUUUUUCAACCUUUCCUUUUCUUUUCUAUUGCUUUUUCUUUCUUUUCCAUUUUCUAUUAUUUCAUUUAAAUCAAUCUAUGAGCUAAAGGAGAUGAUAAUAAGAAAGUGAGCUUUGCAUAUAAAUAUAUACUGUAUAUCUCUAUAUAUAUUGAUGAAAUCAUAUUGUCUCUCAAAUUAUUCUUGAAUGUAUCAUAAACAAGAUUUUAAUGAUUUUAAAGUUAAUUUCAUUUCAAUUUCCUCUCCUCUACUUUAAUAUCGUUAUUGUUUGAUCCGAGUUUUUAUCCUAGUCUAUAAUUUUUUUAAAGAGUAAUUAGGUUUCGGAAAUUAGAAUUAUUUGUGUUUAAUUUCAAAAAUCUUCAUGAAAAAAUGAACUAGAGAAAUUCUUUAGUUUGUCUCUUAAAGGAGAGAGAGAGAGAGAGAGAAAAGUUAGACACUCCGAUAGUUAUUUACAUAGAUACACAUAUCAAAAAAAGUAAAGGAGAGAAAAAAGAAGGAAAAUCAGUUGGACUAAGGAAGAAAAAAGUCUUAAAACAAUAUAAGACAAAUAUAAGAAAAACACAAGAAAAGGGAAUUAAGGAGAUAUCUAAAAAGAGAGAGAGAGAGGAAAUAAAAAAAAAUAGUGACCGGAGAGCGAGAACAGGAGACAAAGGUUAUGAGAAAGGAUUAGAUUAACAAGGAAAAUUAUUUAAACUUUUUCUAAUCGAUCUUUUAUUCAGAAGCUUUAAUGAAAAACACGAUUUCCAUGAAAUUUGAUGCAAUUUUAAGCUCGAUUUGAUAUUGAUUUUUUCGAUUUAUAAUUUUUUUAAUAUAGUUCUUUCUUUGGCUCUUGCGUGCAGUUUGCGGCCUGAAAUAAAAGAGUAACAAAAACUACCAUUUAUUAUUUUAAUAAUGGAUUAGAGCAAGGUCAAGUCCAAGUUGAAUUUACAGAAAAACUCGUCGCCAACCCGGACCCAGAGUUGGAAGGAGAAGAGGUUGAAGAAAGAGAAACAUGGGGCAAAAAGGUGGACUUUCUUCUCUCAGUAAUCGGCUUUGCGGUCGACUUGGCGAACGUUUGGCGGUUUCCAUAUUUGUGCUACAAGAAUGGCGGAGGUAAAUGAUUAUUUGUCACGAUAUUUCGUCUCGAUAUAAUUGGUAAAGGUUCGAUACGGUCGUGAUUUUCUUUAUAGCUUACCAACGUGAUUGAAGGGUUGACUGAUUAAGUACUAUGAUAAAUGAAUAUUUGAUAGGUUGUUGUUCUAGAAUCGGCGGGUAGGGAAGCUAAACUUACAGCAUCAGCUUAGAAAACCAAAUAAACAAAGUCGAAUAAUAGGAAACCCUCUUUAUAAGACUUAUUCAAUUUACUUUCAACACUUUUACUUAUAUUAUCUCAAAAAAUGUUUCCGGUCGGCAAAGUAUGAAUGUAAAACUUGUUAAUCUCACACCAGGUGCUUUUCUGAUACCCUACGUUCUCAUGCUUUUACUCGGAGGCAUACCAUUGUUCUACAUGGAAUUGGCAUUGGGCCAAUUCAAUAGGAAAGGGGCCAUUACAUGCUGGGGUCGUAUAUGUCCGCUUUUCAAAGGAGUCGGCUAUUCUGUCGUUCUGAUUGCCUUCUACACCGACUUCUUUUACAAUGUAAUCAUUGCUUGGUCUCUAUACUAUUUUGUUUCGUCCUUUACCGGAACUCUGCCCUGGGUUCGGUGUAACAAUACCUGGAAUACUAAAAAUUGUUACGAUGGCCAUUUGAUUGGAGAGGAAAGUGGCAAUAUUACGACCACAUCACCUUUAUAUAGUACUACUCUUUUUAAUCAGUCCAAUCUGUUAAAUCAGACCGAAGUGCCGCGUAUUUCCCCGGCUCAGGAAUUUUUCGAUCGGCAUAUGUUGGAACUUGACAAGGCUGAUGGUAUCACAAAUCUCGGAAACAUAAAAUGGGAAUUAGCUCUCUGCUUACUAGCGGUUUACGUCAUUUGUUAUUUUUCUCUAUGGAAAGGUAUUUCAACAUCUGGAAAAGUUGUAUGGUUUACAGCAAUAUUUCCAUAUUUCGUUCUCUUAACCUUAUUAAUUAGAGGUAUCACUCUACCUGGAGCUGGAGAUGGAAUAAGGUACUAUCUAACACCGGAUUUUUCACGGUUGAAAAGUUCAGUCGUCUGGGUUGAUGCAGCAACGCAAGUAUUCUUUUCGUUAGGACCUGGAUUCGGUGUCCUCUUGGCAUUUGCUUCUUAUAAUAAAUUCCAUAAUAACGUCUACGCUGAUGCUCUGGCAACAAGCAUUAUCAAUUGCGCUACAAGCUUCUUAUCGGGGUUUGUCAUAUUUUCUGUUCUAGGCUAUAUGGCUCAGAAAACUCAUAAGCCCAUUAGUAAAGUAGCCACCGAAGGACCUGGCUUAGUAUUCGUCGUUUAUCCAGAGGCAAUAGCAACGUUACCCGGAUCAACAUUUUGGUCCUUAAUCUUCUUCCUUAUGCUUCUAACGCUGGGAUUAGAUAGUUCGUUUGGAGGAUCCGAAGCUAUAAUUACGGCGAUCAGCGACGAAUAUCCUAUAUUAAAAAAGCAUAGGGAAAAAUUUGUUGCUGGACUUUUCGUGUUUUACUUUGUCAUUGGUUUACCUAGCUGUACGCAGGGGGGAGCUUAUAUGGUAACACUUUUUGAUAAAUAUGCUGCUGGCUACUCAAUUCUAUUCGCUGUAUUCUUUGAAUCCUUGGCCGUCUCCUGGUUCUACGGAGUCGAGCGUUUCUCCGACGAUAUUAAAGAUAUGUUAGGAUUUAGGCCUGGUAUUUAUUGGAGAGUUUGCUGGAAGUUUAUUGCUCCAGUGUUUAUUAUGUGUAUCAUGGUUUUUGGAUUUGUUAUGUACGAGCCUCUAGCCUACGAUAAGAAUUACAUAUACCCUGGAUGGGCUAACGGAGUAGGAUGGUGUCUAGCACUUUCAUCUAUAUUAUGUAUGCCGGUAGUAGCAUCGGUAAGGAUGCUUAUAACAAAGGGAAGUUUUAUUGAGAGAAUUCAAACGCUCAUAACUCCAUGGAGAGAUUCAAGAAAACUAAGAGUAGUUACAGAUAUGCAGAAUUUGAGGGAAAAUAAUUUUAAGAUGGGUGAUUCUGUUUAGAAAAUGAACGAGAUGAAAAAGAGAAAAACAGAGAAAAAUGAAAAAAAAAAUCUUAUAAACAUAUAAAGAAGAGAAAAUACAUAUAGAGAAAGUAUAUUACAAUAUAUAUACACAGUGUUUUAACCACUUUGCAAUAGAGUCAAUUUGCAUACUGUAUGGUAAUUACAUAUAUAUAUAUAUAUAUACAUAUAUAUACAUACUGUAUAUAUUUGAAUAUAUCAAAUAUGUACUGUAGACAACCAUAUUUCAACAUAUAUACUUAUAACUGUAUAUAUGAUAUUUAUAUAUAUUUAUAUAGUAUAUUGCAUGCAUUUUUGUAUACUCAUAGAUAGAUAUAUAGACGUAUGUAUAAAUAUUUAUUUUAAGUAUCUACAAUAUGUCUGUAUGUUUAUACAGUUUAAUAGUCUGUUGCAUGGUGAACUGGUGUAUAUAUACGGUAUAUAUUAUAAGUAAAUAAACGUCUAAGGCAUGUAGGUAAAUGUACGAAGACUGUAUGAAUAGGAAUAGGGCAUUUUAUAUACAAAUAAUGUGUAUAUUUUCUAUGAAAUACGAGAAUUAAAACAUUUUGCUUUUAGUAUUUGAUAGUUGACGAAUGUUGAAAUAUCUAUGGUUUACAUUCAUUAUUAUAUAUAUAUAUAUA